AUGGUGGUAAUCAGCGCGUUUAUCAGCAGCAGAGUCCGACCUCUCCUUGCGAGACAGUUCGUAGACAUACGCCGAACGAAGGUGGAGGGUCUGCUCAAUGCGUUUGUUAAACUUGUUGAUUAUUCGGGCUCCGACCACACCUAUCUCGAGACGGAGUCCGUACGGUAUGUUUAUCAGCCGGUGGAGAACCUUUAUCUCGUCUUGAUAACAACGAAGAGCAGCAACAUCUUCGAAGACCUGGGCACUCUAAGGACAUUUGGUUGGUGGAUUGUGCCUACGAUUCAGGAGACUUGUGGAGAGAGCCAUGGAACUGGAAGUCUCGAAGAGAGCGUAGCAUCUCACGCAUUUGAUAUAGUAUUCAUGCUCGAUGAGCUUAUUAGCGGCGGAUAUAGGGAGGCGAUUACGCUUCAGCAGAUCCAGUCUUAUGUUGCCAUGGACUCUCACGAAGAAAAGCUACAGAGGAUGAUCGCCGAGGGGAAGGAGAAGGAACAGGCAGACAGACGGCGGGAAAUCGCCCAAAGACUCGAGAAGGAGAAACAGGCAGCGAGAAAGGCAGGAAAGGGAUUGGAUAUUAGUGCUUUUCGCGGUACCGCCGGAAUACCGCAGCUUUCGCGGGGGCCUCCCGCCGUAUCUGCUUCACAAGGGCCCCCUCCUAGUGAACCUUAUUGGGGAUCUUCGAGUCCCAGUGGCGGCACUUAUGAUGCACGCCACCAGCCGUCCCCAUCAGUCACUCCAGGGGGCACGAGAGGCAGCCAACAGCCAAAAGGCAUGCAGCUUGGGUUUAAGAUGCCAGCGGGGGGUGUCGAUAGCUCGUUGCAGAACCUCGUGCCGGAUGAGCAGGUUAAACCCACCGGUGAAUACGCCGAAGCUCAGCAUGACCAAGUUUUAAACAACCCGCUUGCGGACCCCGUAAGCAUUCUCAUUGAGGAAAAGGUUAAGGCAUCUUUGCAAGCAGAAGGAGUCCUGAAGGAGGUGGAGCUUCAAGGUACCUUCUUCGUUACUGCGAAUGAUCCACAGCGAGGGUCUCUCGCAGCAUUCCAGCUAACCCCGGAGGACAAGAGAUUUAAGAUGAAGAGUCACCCAAAUGUUGACAAGAUGGCUCUUCUCAGCUAA